AUGAGUUCAAGUGAGUUUAGUCAUGUGAAAGGUAGCUCUGAUAUAACAAAUGAUUUUAAAAUUUUAUCGACUAUAAGAUACGAUCCCAAUCUUUUCACUAGUGAUAGCAACAGUUUUGAUGGUAUUGAGAGUUUAUCUGAUAUAGAGAAGACUGGUCUCUAUAAAAAGUUAAAAUCUGCAUAUAUUGAAGAUUUUAACAAACAAAGAAAGGAAUUUCAUAAAUCAAUUGAUAAAAAAGUAUUGAACUGUGAUAAAAAGUUGUUAAGUUUAUUUUUUAAUAGAUAUUUUCUGCUCCAUGAUCAUUAUGAAAGGAUUAAGUUCUCGUGUAAAUACUUUGAAUGGAACUUCAACUACUCAGAACUUGAAUUUUUAACAUUGUUAAUAAGAGCAUUACCAAAAAAUAAUGACAUUAAGAACUCAACAGUUGAUGAGACCAUGAGAGAGUUCUUAAACAAAAGAACUGUAUAUAAGGUGAGAGCACUUUUAUCAGUUAACGGAGAGUUCGAAAUAGAAUAUCAUAAAAUUUCAGAUUUAGAUGAUGAAGAACAACCGAGCUUUGAUUAUGUUAUUAAAAAUAUAUUUUCCGGAUUUAUUCCAGAGCUAGAACCAACCUGGAAUAUCGUAAUAGACCGCGUUCAUUUACACUGUUCACCUUUCACAUCAUUUAAGACUACCAUCAGGGAGCAUUACUCUGAAGCUCGAGUCAGAAUGCAAAAAGUCAUAGAAAAUUUGCAUAUGAACAAUUCCAAGAAUGAAAUACUUUUAUUAAAUGCUAGUGGUAAGUUCGUAGAAGGUUCGAUUACAAAUCUCGUCAUCAAAUAUAACUUUUCAGAUGAUAAUACCUCUUAUGCCACACCCCCGUUAGAAUCUGGUUGUCUCUAUGGCGUAAUGCGUAAUUAUCUGUUACGAUUAGGAAUUAUUAGGGAGAGAGUAAUAGAAUCUAGUGAAAUUAAUAUCAACGAUAAUAUUAUUAUUUGUAAUGCUAUUAUGGGCUGUGUUAAAGGAAAAAUUAUCCAUUAG